AUGGAGAACCUGAAUGGUGAGACUAGUGAAACUGUUGAGAAUGGAAGAGAAGCUCCUGUGAAUGAUGAGACUGUUGAAACUGUUGAGAAUGUUCAGAAUGGGAGAGAAGAUCCUGUGGAAGAUUUGCUUGUUCAGAUGGUGGGUGUUGAACAGUUGGUUGUAGGUAUAAAUGCUGUUGGUGGGGCUACUAUGGUCUCUGAGGCAAUGGAAAAAGCUACUUAG